AUGGAGUGGUUGCGUACGAUUGUCAACGAUAUUGCUAAAAACAUCGAGCUCAUCAACGAGCACCAGACCGUGGAAACGGAGAAAGCCAAGUCUGAUAAAGAAAUUAAAUCAUUAAAGAAAGAGCUUGAAUCAAAAACCGAAAUUCUUGUUCAGAAAGAACAAGAGGUGGCGAAUAUUAAAACGAAAAUCGACAGAAUAAUUAGAGAGCGACUCGGCGAGCUCGAGGUGAAGUCAUCUGAUUUGGAGAAGAACAUGUUAAGUAUCAAAUCAAAGGUUGAUAAUUUGGAUAGAAGAUCAUUGCUAGAUGAACUACUUUGA